CAGAGCACCUUGCAGAUGAUCAGGCUUUGUUUAAACCUCUGUUUUCUUGCAGUAAAUUGCUUGGAUCAACACGUCGAAAAGUCUCCAAACAGAGUGGCUUUGAUUUGGGAGAGAGAUGAGCCUGGCACUGCAGUGCAUGUCACGUACAGGGAACUUCUGGAUCUGACUUGCCGUCUUGCCAACACCCUGAAGAAAUAUGGGAUACAGAAAGGGGACAAGGUGGCCAUCUAUAUGUCUGUGUCUCCCUUGUCUGUGGCAGCUAUGCUGGCUUGCGCCAGGAUUGGUGCCGUUCACACCGUGAUCUUCGCUGGAUUCAGCGCAGAGUCCUUAGCUGGGAGGAUUGUGGACUCUGGAUGCAAAGCAGUUAUCACCUACAACCAGGGAGUUAGGGGAGGCCGAAUCAUAGAACUGAAGACGACUGUGGAUGAAGCUGUGAAGAACUGUCCAAGCAUCAAACAUGUAUUUGUGGCUCAGAGGACGGAUAACAAAGUCCAGAUGGGUGACCGUGAUAUUCCCCUUGAGGAGGAGAUGGCCAAGGCAGCUUCUGUAUGCACUCCAGAGAGCAUGGACAGCGAAGACAUGCUUUUCAUGCUGUAUACCUCAGGCAGCACUGGGAAACCCAAAGGAAUCGUUCACACCCAGGCUGGAUACCUGCUGUACGCUGCUGUCACGCACAAGUAUGUAUUUGACUACCAGCAAGGCGAUGUUUUUGGCUGUGUGGCUGACAUUGGCUGGAUCACGGGACAUAGCUAUGUUGUGUAUGGACCACUCUGCAAUGGAGCCACCUCUGUCCUGUUUGAAAGCACUCCAGUGUACCCUAACCCAGGUCGUUACUGGGAAGUGGUACAAAGGUUGAAAAUUAAUCAGUUUUAUGGAGCACCUACGGCUAUACGCUUGCUGCUGAAUUAUGGAGAAGAGUGGGUGAAGAAAUAUGACAGAUCUUCCUUGAAGACCUUGGGAUCAGUGGGAGAACCCAUCAACCACGAAGCUUGGCAGUGGUUCUACCACGUGGUGGGAGAAGGGCGCUGCACCCUUGUGGACACAUGGUGGCAGACAGAAACUGGUGGCAUCUGCAUUGCCCCACGGCCUUCAGAGGAGAAAGCUGAGAUUGUUCCGGCUAUGGCUAUGAGACCUUUCUUUGGGAUUGUGCCUGUGCUGAUGGAUGAGAAUGGAAAAGUUAUAGAGGGCAAUGAUGUGUCUGGUGCACUCUGCAUUGCCCAGCCAUGGCCUGGCAUGGCAAGAACAAUCUAUGGAGAUGACCAGCGAUUUGCUGACGCCUAUUUCAAAGCCUACCCAGGUUACUACUUCACAGGGGAUGGUGCUUACAGGACCAAGAAAGGCUAUUACCAGAUAACAGGGCGCAUGGAUGAUGUCAUUAACAUCAGCGGACACAGGCUCGGGACGGCAGAAAUAGAAGAUGCAAUGGCUGAUCAUCCUGACGUCCCCGAGACAGCUGUGAUUGGGUAUCCACACAAGAUCAAAGGAGAAGGUGCCUUUGCUUUCAUAGUGCUAAAGGAGCAGAUGAAUGAUACAGACCGUGUCAAAGAAGAGCUCAAAACCAUAGUGGCUUCCAAGAUAGCAAAAUAUGCUGUGCCUGACCACAUUCUGGUGGUAAAACGUCUUCCUAAAACCCGAUCAGGGAAGAUCAUGAGAAGGCUAUUGAGGAAAGUAGUCACUGAACAAUCUAGCAACAUGGGAGAUGUCACCACACUUGAUGAUCCAAGUGUUGUCAAGGAGAUACUGGAUGCUUACCUGAAAUACAAGGAGAAGAGUUCCUCAUAGCAAACAGCUCUGGAAUCUCUCUUCUUUGGAAACGUGGAAGGUCUCAAAUAACCAGGCAACUGACAUAGUUCUCUCCGUGUUUUUUUUAAAACUCUGUUCCCUUCUAGGAGAACAAGAUUUUCUGCUCCACAACAUAUUUUGAGACGCACAGAGCUGGGAGCAAUCUGCAGUUUUGCACAGCUCUCAUUGCUUUUAGGGCUGAUGUAGAGCAGCCACUGGUGGUUUCCAUUAGCUAUGAAGAAAUUUAAUACUAGCUGAAGCAAGAUGCAGAUGUUAAUGUUUCUCAUUUUGAUAUUACUGUACACAGAAAUGUUUUUAUACAAUACUUUAGCUGUUUUAAAAACAGCCCUGGAAUAUACUUCUUCAAUUUUUUCUUCAGCUUGUGUAUCCAAGUUCAAGUAGCUGUAUUUGGCUGCAACUGUGGUGCCUUUUCAGCCGUGCUGGGUAUUCUAGUAGAUGUUUCACAUGUGUUAUUAGGGAAAUGAGGAGGACAUUGCUAGUCUGGUAAUUCUUUCUUGUGUUUACCCAGUCAUUACCCUUUGGCUUUCCUCAUAAGGAUUUGUUCCUACCGCUUUAUGUUCUGGGACUUGCCAGAGAUGGUGAACCUGUGUCUCUUCAUGUCCUACCUAGAAAACCCAGCACUAGCACUUCCAGCCACAAAACUGAGCCACAAAGCCUACCACUGGGCUUCCUGCAUGUCCUCAAUGCAUUGCCAGCUGCGUAGGAGGGUUCUGGUCCCACAUGUUUUUAUUCUGCCUUGAGAAAUUGACAUUACCAAGUGGGUUUUUAAAGUAACUGUCCUCUUCCUCAUCGGUGUUGAACCAUUGUGGUUCACUUUGCAUAUUAGGAGUGGUGGUCUACAAUGGGUAGAUCUUUUUUGCCAGUUGGUGAUUUAUGUAGGUGUCUUUGUUUCUUGAUGUUGCUGUGGAAAGGGAUAAUGUUUGCUGAAGUGCUCAGGAGAGGUUUGUUGCUGUGAGAGAUGUGCUGGAGGGUUCAUUGUGACUUGUCAAGCUGUGUGAUUUCUGGCCAAGGAAUGGUUAUUUUAGCCCACUCCCAAACAGCCUGUAAUCUUGUUUGCUCCAGCAAAGACAGGCACCCAGUUUGGAGGUAGGUUGGUUCUCCUGUCAGAAGUUACGGCUUAAUGCUUACCAUUUCAAGUUGGCCUUACCACAUCUGCCCCUUCUGUAUGCUGCCGUGCUGAUCUUCCAAAGACUUAAAUGCCAGGUGGGUACCUGCAAAUUGCACAAUCCACAAAGAAGUGCCUCUCAGAUGUCUUCUGGAAAGCGAUCGGUAGCAUUCCAGACUAGUAGCCUCAGAAUAGCAGGGAACAAUAGCCUUUGUCUUUCAUACGCUUUCAAAAUUGCAACUAAUAUAUUCAGUGUUCUAUUUCUGGACUCGUUUUAUGAUGAACACAUUUUGAUUGAAGCACUCCUUAUAUUUGGGCUGUUCAGAAGAACUUGCUAGUUGUCUACUGUGCCACUGAAAGUCGUGGAAAAGCCUGUAGGUGCUGAAUGUCCUUGAGACUGCUGCUAAAUUUGGUUUAAGCUGGCUGAGGGGUUCACAGUGGUUGGAGGAGCCACAGAGCCCCAGAGCAUAUGGGGAAGGCACAGUAAAGGAGUCCUCCCCUCUCCCUGGGUGCAAAAGCUCAAGGUAUAUGCCAGUGUAGCAUGCACAGUGCUGAUCCUGGGAGUGUGUGCCACAAGAGCUCAGGCAGAGCUUCUCCAUCCUAACCUGCCUAAGCCAAGUGACUGCUAACCGCCAUUCCAUGCUGUGGCUGGGGUCACUCCAUCAAACCUGCAGUCCGGCCUCUGUCUUUCUCAGAUGACAGUCUGCUUAGCUUCCCAGAGCUGUGCGAUUUGGCCCGCCAAACCCCUGAGUAAUUGGCAGAAUUGCCAAUUUUUGCCAUAGUUUUACAGGGGUUACUUACUGCUGAAUUUAACUGGAGCAGCACUGCCUUUUCCAGUGGGACUGUGUGCUGGAAAGAUGAUCUGUGCACCUAACCGGAGGCAGGAAAGGUAGGAAGGAAAUGGCUAGGUGAUCCUGUAGGACUGGGAGAGGAGUGGUGAUUUUUUUUUGGCCAGCAGAGAUUCUGGUACCAAAUCGGGAAGCAGGCUGCUAAUAGUACGAUGUGUUCUCAAAGACAGGUGUGUUGUCUUAGAUCCCAGAGUUCUGAGUACCCUAGCUGCAUUUGCUGUUUUUUUGUUGUUUUUUUUAAAUUUAUUUUAAAUGUCUUUUGGGACUGGGUAAUACAGUAGGGAGUAUCAUGGCUUGUUAAAAUUCCUGUCCUUCUGACUGCUUAAGGUAAGUAGAAACCCUGUGGACUUUGUGGGAAGCCAAAGAUCGGAAGGUUUGAUAGAGUUGACAGGACAUUAAUAUUUUAGGAGACACCCAAUGUAUCCUCUAUUGCCAUUGCAAAAGAAAAAAAAAAA